GUACCCCGCCCACUGCUUGCUAUAAAGGUCAAUGAGCCCUCAGGCCACCAGGCUGACUAGAUCCAGGUGCUUCCUCUCUCGUCAUGGCGCUGCCCUGGGCUCUUGCUGUCCUGAGUCUCCUCCCUCUGCUGAGUGCCCAAGACCCAGUGUGUGCCAACAUGAAGCCCGUGCCUAUCACUAAUGCCACUCUGGAGUGGAUCUCUGGGAAAUGGUUUUACAUCGCCUCAGUCUUUCGCCAUCCCAAAUUCAAUCAGUCGGCUAGAGAGAUCCAGGCAGAAUUCUUUUACUUUACCCCUAACAUAACGAAGGACGUGAUACUACUCAGAGAGUACAAGACUAUCGGCGGCCAGUGCAUCUACAACUGCAGCUACCUGAGGGUCCAGCGGGAGAAUGGGAGUGUCUCUGGAGAUGAGGGGGGCACAGAAUAUUUUGCCUACCUGCUACUCACCAAGGACCCCAAGACCUACAUGUUUUCCUCCUACCCGGAAGAUGAGCUGAACCGGGGACUGUCCUUCUAUGCUGACAAGCAGGAGGUCACCCAGGAACAACUGAGAGAGUUCUAUGAAGCCCUCAAGUGCAUGGGUCUGCAGGGGAUGGAAAUCCUGUACACCGAUGGCAAAAAGGAUCUGUGUGGGCCCCUGGAGAAGCAGCAUGAGGAGGAGAAGAAGAAGGAAAACAAGGGGUCCCAGGUGGACACAGAGUUGGGCUAGUAGGACCUCAGGGACUUUUCGGAUCCAUCCUCAUCCUCUUGCCAGCCCUUUGUACCUGUUGCAACUGCAUCAAUAAAGCAUCUAUAUAUUUGGAACAGGCUGGCCAGGUCUCUUCAUUCAUUCAUGUUGAAGCUGCCCUGAGUGGAGCUCUCGCUGGGCAUUUGGCCAGGCCUGCCCCUGGUGGAGAGAGCCCCUGUGCGACACUCAGCACACGUGCCUGGGUAGACAACAAGACGCAUCACAUGCUGUGGGAGCCCAGGGCAGGGAAGUUUUCUUCUGCAGUGGGGAAGUCUGAGAAGCUUUCCUGGAAGGGGCAUCUGAAAGAUUAGGACUAGAUAAAAUCUACUGUUCCCUCCUUAAGCCAGGGUCCUGAGAGGACACAUUUGAGGAUGUUGAGGCCGAGGACCCUAAUUACAGUUGAGGUGGAUAAGGGGUGAUGAGAAUUCAGACAUGUUACAUGAUCAGGAAGGAGCUUCCUUGAGACAUACCACCCAGGUCACCUGGGGAGGCAGGUAAGGAGGGGAAGGAGGAAGGCCAGAAGGGCUGUGUGGAGCCUCCUGUGGAACUGGCAAGAGACGGUGGACUAGAGUAGGGAGCACAGGGCAGGGGUGAUGUGGAGGACUAGCUGGGGGUCUGGGUGACUCUCUGUUGCCCACCCAACAGACCCAGAGGAGGAGAAUGACUCCCAGGGAAAGGUUGCUCCCUAGGGACCAGCUGACAUCUUGCAAAUGUGUAUGGAGCCCUUGAGAUGGGGCCAUGACUGAGGCACAGCCCACUCUGUGGCAUAAAUAGAGCCAACACCUCAAAUCAGGAGUCCAGCCAGGAAGGGCCAACUUCCUUCCACACCAGAGAGACUCUUAUCACUUAUGACCUCUUGUAUCCAUGGGAAGAAGUACCACUCUAGCAGCAGAGAAGCUGGGCCUGAACUUUGGGGCAGUUCCGUAAGUGCAGCUG